UUCCAGGGAAUUUCCAAACUGCAAGUUGGGGAAUCAGUGCUUGCUCGUUCAUCCAAAGUGCAAGUUUGAUGCCGUCUGUACAAGGUCUGAUUGUCCGUUUUUGCAUUCAUCGCCAAAAACGUCAAUUGAGAAAGGUGAAACAGCAGAGGAUUCGAAGGAUUUACGAAGACCUAAAAAAGUCAGAGAAAGGUGCCGUUACUGGCCUCAAUGCAAACUUGAAAGCACAUGCAUGUAUGUCCAUCCGAAUAAAACAUGCACAUUCUGGCUCUCGAGGAUAAAUAUGCGGAUCCCAACAUUGACAAAGUCACUCUGAGGGCCUUUGGAUCGAAGGGAUUUGGAUUCGUAAAGCACCUUCUUGAGGAUUCAGACUGUGAGAUAGAUUUUAACAAAAUGACCCUUUUGAAGCUCAUAAGUGGUGUUGCUAUGGAGAUGCAAAGGCUCUGUACAGACUCCACUGCUGUGGCUGGAGAGAAGGUUCUUCCUACAGUUUGGCUCUGGUACUUCAAGGACCAAACAAAUGCAUGGGCAGAAUAUGGAAAUCAGGAUAUUGAAAAGGCAUACAUUGCAUAUCUGACUUCUCAGGGAGAAGCCAGUCUACAAUUCUCCACCAGUGAAUUCAAAUAUGAGAUUGACUUUCUGAAGAUGGUGCAGACGAACAAAAAUCUUGGCACAGAGAGAAAAGUGAGGCGACGCCCAGCCCCAUCACCAAUUCCUUCUGAGUCAUCUGGUGAAGCCGCUCAUGAUUACAGACACGUUCCCAAACAUUGGAAUCCUAUGAAAGAUGAACACUACUGCUUGGUCCUUUUGUCCCCAACUGCCCAAGAAUACAAGGACAUUGCUACCCUCAUGAAAGACACUGGCAUGCGAAUUCGAAAAGUUACCAGAGUUCAGAAUCCCUUUCGUUGGGAGAUGUAUCAAAACAAGAAAUGUCAUUUUCUCAAGACGGACUUCAAAGAUGACCCAUCAAAAUUGAAUGAGAGAUACCUAUUUCAUGGGACGUCAAUUGCCAAUAUACAAUCGAUUUGCGAGAAGAACUUCAACUGGAGGUUGCAUGGAACUGCCCAUGGUACUGCAUUUGGCAAAGGGGUAUACUUUGCUACUGACCCUAAUUUGUCAAUGAAGUAUGCAAAAGGAGAAAAUUGCAUGUUUGUCGCCCAGGUCCUCAUUGGUUUGUACAUAGAGGGAGACUCUAGCAUGACCUUGCCGCCCUCUGGUUAUCAUUCCACAAGUGGACCAGAUAUGAUAAUCAAGUAUUAUGAUGAUGAAUUCUACCCUGCUUAUGGCAACCUCGCCUACGUAUCUGACAUCCGCGAGAAACUCCGAUACGACUUCGAGGGGAUUUUUGAGGGACGGCACCCCGUUAAUCACGUCGAUAUCCUCCACGAGAGUAUGCCGACGUUACGAAGGCAGCGGACGUGCAGGAAUAUGCGCAGCCUGCAGUGCUCGCAGUUGCGACAGGCCCUGGGUCGAGCUAUGAGGAAUAGCCGUCCAGGCGCAGUUCUGCUAGUGGAAAUGCUGAGUGCAGGGCUUUCGAGACCUCAGGCAGCACUCCCUCUGAAUAUAUGGACAGAUGCCCAGGAUAUCUGGACGAAAUAUGCACUACAUGAGGAACUGGUGCAUGAGAAUAUGUUCAUGUACCGCCUCCUGGACAUCCGCUUUACAACCCCGGAAAUUUUUGGAAAGAACCAGGCUGUGGAAAGGUUCCCUAACUUGACGUCCGGGUGGUUUGGCGCUCCGGAAGUAAAACUAUUUCAGAAGCUGACAUAUGCUGCCAAUGAGGCAACUGGGAUAUUUCAAUCGGGAGAAUCAGCCACGAAAUUUGUCGAGAGGGAGGCAGGGGGAGCAGAGAGCCCCACUCCCAAUGCUGCCGCUGGAGAGAGGAUGCAGGUAGUGAGGCAGGGGAAAAGAAAAACUGGGAAGAGUGUGCUGUCCAUAGGUUCAGUGCUCAAGCUUUGA